AUGAACUUAUUUUCACCUAUUGCUACCUCCGCUCCCGCUGCCUCCACCAACCAUAAAAGAUAUAUUUUAGAUGGACAGCCACUAAUGCUUACUAUAGGUCAAGAUGGGCCACCACCAAUUCCUACUAUGGGUAUACGUGGACUAGUAACAAAGUUUGGCAUGGGUCGAAAAGGACAGCUACCAAUGCCUACUAUAGGUAAAGGUGGAUCACCAACAAAGCCUGGUAUGGAUCAUCGAAAUGGACCACCACCAAUGCCUGAUAUGGGUAAAGGUAGAUCAUUGCUAAUACCUGAAAUGGCUGAAAUGAGUCUGCAAAUAAAAGUGUCUAUGUAAAUUCUAUCCAUACCAAUCAGUAAAAAACGUCAUCCUCUACAUAAAUGAAAGCUGCAAGGAUAGUCAAAAAGUUGGUGAG